AAUUAGAAAGAGUAGAAAGAAGAAGCAACAUUCCCGGUAAAUUUCCAUAAUUUACCAAACUUCCCGUGCUCUGAAAAAAGCGUAAAGGGAAGGGAUCCAUUUAUUGGCAAUAAACAGAGGGAUGCUUCUCGGUAUUUUGUAAGGAUUUAUGUGAUAACAUAGUGAAACUAAUACAAUAAACGUCCAAAAUGUCGUCACCGGAUAGCACGGUGAUUUUUGCAAAACUGGAAGCCCUCAAGGAUAUUAGGUCAAAGACAUUACAACUUGAAAAAAUGAAGCAAAGGAUUAUACAAGAGGUAGAGCAAACUGAACAAGAAGAGAAAUGCUUAACAGAAUACAAACAAGAAAUGGAGCUUCUUAUGCAAGAAAAAAUGGCACAUGUUGAAGAGCUACGCCAAAUACAUGCAGACAUCCAUGCGAUGGAAACAGUUAUAAAACAAGCAGAAGAGGCUCGCAACAGAGCUAGGGAAACAGCAAAGUUGAUCCACAACAAUGACUAUCAACCAUUGAAACAUGACAUUGACAGAAUGCGGAGAGAAUAUCUAGGUCUAGAACGAUUGCCUGAACUCUACGAGACAGAAUCAGAUCUCAUUUCACCAGAUUAUUUUGAUCGCCCGAUGCAAAAAGCUGAGUGGCGGGUAGAGGUGAGGGGUGAAGAUCUGAUGCCCCCGUUGGGCUUACAUUCUCACCCGGGCCAUCCAGGGGGUCCGACUCCCUUUUUAGCUCCACAGCCACUCCAAGGCCCCAGUAAACCUGAGCCCAGACCUUUGCCACCAGCCCCUGGGCCGCCAGCUCCAACAUUCAGGUACCACUGGCAACAACCUCCACCAAUGAAAUCGUGUCUUUCAUGCCAUCAACAAAUUCAUCGGAAUGCACCAAUAUGUCCUCUAUGUAAGGCUAAAUCACGAUCGCGUAACCCCAAGAAGCCAAAGAAAAAAGACUAAUCUGCAUAUUCAAGUGUUACUCGGUAAUUAUGUGAG